AUGCGUUCCACCGUCGCCACCAUCUUUGCCCUUGCCGCCAUGACCAUGGCUCAGGUCACGCCCAACAACGCGGGCGCAAAGAACGUUGGCACAGGCAACGGCCAGCAGUUCAUCACGGGCGGAUGUACCUCCAACGCCGAUUGCAGCUCCGCGUGCUGCGCCAAGGUCGCUUCGAGCGGCAAGGGAGUGUGCAGUGCUGAGGUUGCCAGCAACCAGAACGGAAAGACUGGCUGUGGCUUUGUCGACCCCAAUGCGCAAGCCACAAUCGCAGCGGCCAAGGCCCAGGUUGCCAAGCAGGGAUUCAAGCGAUCUGCCCGCGAGGAGUAG